AUGAUCACAAUGUCUAUUGCUCCUUCCGCUUCUUCCGCUACUGAUAAACGAAUGGAGCGUCCUCUCGACAACCGCAAAGCGGUCAAAUCCCCCAUGCCAAAGAUAGCACAGGAUCACGUUGCUCCUGUGAAAAAUUUGCAACAUGUUCCCUGCAAGUUCUUUCGUCAUGGUACAUGUACUGCCGGUGAGAAUUGCCCUUUUAGUCAUUCUCUUGAAACAGAGCGUCCAGUUUGUAAAUACCAUCUGAAAGGAAAUUGCAAAUUUGGCUCCAAAUGUGCUCUUUCUCAUUCGCUCCCAGUCAAUGACUCUGCAAUCCCCUCUGGCUUGUCUGAAACCAAUCCCCCUCCAAAUCAUCUUCCAUUUGGUAACUCUAUGAAACACAUGCCGAGCUCUUCCAUUUCCUCUUCGUUCCCCCAGAAAAUUCAAAGAACCGCGUUUGAUCAAAUGGAUUUGAAGGGCUCCAUCGGCAUGAAAAGUAAUCUUCUUAAUCCUGGCUUUUCUGCGUCCCCUCCGUCUUUGCCUCCCUUCUCUCAUUCUCCAGGACGUUCUUCUACGUCUUCUUAUCUAAAUAAUCUCACGUCUACUCAACCACUGUUAGGCACCGCAAAUCAUGGUAAACAGCUCGACGAUUAUUCUACCGAUAUUAAUUCGGGAUUGGCUUCCUCUAUGAAUGGUGUUUCUAUUGCAUCCUCCUUGGCUACGUCGCCAUCUUCAUUUAGCGCUGCAUCGAGUGCAUCCUCAAACAACCUCAAUGGUUCCAAAGGGCUUUUACAUCAACAAAUGAAUAAUGAAAACAACCGAGAUUACAUGAUCCGCCAUCCAUCUCUCUUAACCACUUAUGCAAAUCGGCCUUCUUCUGAGAAAACCACUUCUUUGUCGAAAUUGCCUGCAGAAUUGGUGAAACCUAAUGCACCAUUACAGAGUCCUCAACUGAAUGGUAAGGUUAAUAGUAAUUUACCCAAGCAUCGUCCUUCCGUUAACCCUUCUCUUACCGGGAUUCAGCUUUCGUCAGGUGCUACACGUCGAUAUGCAGUUCGCAGUAAUUCUUAUGCCGAUGCAUUCCCCUCGGUGGUUUCCACAAGUCUGCCAAAUCGUGUGGAUUUGAAUCAUCAAAUGGACAUGAGUGACGAUGAACAGAGGUACCUGAAUACUCCAAUGGGUAGCUUUGACGAGCCAUUUUUGGGUUCAUCUCCUGUUGGUAAAACGAGUUCAAGUAUGAAACAAUUAUCUGCUCCUUUGUCCAUGAUGAGUCCUACUUUGCCAUCUCGUUCCACAGCAAACACUUUGCAAAACAGUAGAUUUGGUGCUUAUUUUUCAAAAUCUAAAUAUGUUGACACGAAUGCCGGUUCUACUAAAAGUACCACCCCUCAACAGGCUGGCGUUGCCGGUGCUCCCAUGAAAAUGCCCUCUUCGUUUGGUGUUCGUGAAGAAUCAGUGUUCAGUUCUCCGAUAAAUGAAUUAACCAGACCUCAGCAACUUGCAAGGCUCAAGAGCGAACCGAUUUUUAGAGCCGGAUCUGUAUCACCUGUGACUACAGGUGGAAUUAAUGAAUCUAAGAAUGAUUAUACGUUGAGUCCAGGAAGCAAUGGAUUAUCGCGGGUAUCCGUUGCAAACACAUCUCCUGCUUGGAACUCAACGCUAGAAGAAGAAACGACAUUUCAAAUGGAUGACUGA